AUGAAAAAUCAAACUUCGUUGACUGAGUUUAUCCUGCUAGGAUUUACAGACAACCCAGGACUUCAGAUCAUGAUUUUCAUCUUCCUGUUCCUGACCUACAUAUUCAGCAUCAUGGGCAACUUGACAAUCAUCACCCUCACACUACUGGACUCCCAUCUUCAGACCCCUAUGUAUUUCUUCCUUCGGAAUUUCUCCUUCUUAGAAAUUUCUUUCACUACUAUUUUCAUUCCAAGGUUCCUGUGCAGUGUUCUAACAGGUAAUAAGGCUAUCAGCUUUGCUGGAUGCUUCACUCAGUAUUUCUUUGCCAUAUUUCUUGGGGCCACAGAAUUUUACCUUCUGGCUGCCAUGUCCUAUGACCGCUAUGUGGCAAUCUGCAAACCUCUGCAUUACACAACCAUCAUGAGCAGCAGAGUCUGCACUCAACUGGUUCUCUGCUCUUGGCUUAGUGGUUUCCUAAUCAUCUUAUCCCCAAUCAUUCUAACAAGCCAGUUAGAUUUCUGUGCCUCCAAUGAACUGAAUCAUUUUUACUGUGACUAUGGGCCCCUCAUGGAGAUCUCCUGCUCUGACACCAGCCUCUUGGAGUUGAUUGACUUUAUCUUAGCAAUUGUAACUUUGGUGAUCACCCUGGUCUUAGUGGUACUUUCAUAUACUUAUAUCAUCAAAACUAUUAUGAAGAUCCCAUCAUCACAACAAAGAAAGAAGGCCUUUUCUACAUGUUCUUCCCACAUGAUUGUAAUCUCCAUCUCUUACGGCAGCUGCAUUUUCAUUUACAUUAAACCCUCAGCAAAAGAAGGAGUUGCCUUCAACAAGGGAGUAGCAGUGCUUAUUACAUCGGUUGCUCCCCUAUUGAAUCCCUUCAUUUAUACCCUGAGAAACCAACAAGUGAAACAAGCCUUCAAAGAUAUGUAUAGAAAAAUUGUGAGUCCAUAA